AUGCCGAGUGUUAAACCCAUCCUUCCUCCUCUCAAAACGCCAAAGACUGAGAUUUUCCCAUCGCAACUUCACAAUGGAUCCAGUGUUUCCGACUACAUCAAGCGGGAGGAUCAGUCGACUCCUAUUACACCCCCGACAGCCUACACGGAAUUUCUCAAGGCCCUCACACCCGUCUUCACCGGCCCUAUGAGUGCUGGACUCGGCUUUCCCAAGUAUGACAAAGCCUCCACCACUACGUCACCCACCUCUCAACCCGCGAGCGCAUUCAGUGGGUCGACGUUCAGCGAUUUGGUCAGAUCCCCGACUAUAUCUUUGCCACCACCUACCCCAAACUCGGCGGCACCAUCUCGAAAGAGUUUCCAUGGUCGCCGCCUUCGCAUCCAAUCGUCGCUAAAGUUCUCGCCGAGCUCGGACUCCCCCCGAAGCGCAACGCCCUGGAGCGCAGCGACACCUAAGAGUGCGACGACUCUUCGGUCACCCUUCUUGCCGUCAGACUGGACUUUACGCUAUUACGAUUCGCCCCGCAGUGCGAAGCCUGUUAGCGUGAAGCAGGUUGUAACGCGUACAGUGACCUACAAACGUACUCAGCUUGAAGCCCCGCCGAAGGGAAAGCGGCGCAAGUGUCGGGAAGCCAAGGAAGUUGAUUGA